AUGCAUCAGAGAGCAGACGGAAGACGCAAGAAGACGUCUUCUGUGCUCGAAGGCGACGAACUAGCAGACCGGAUCUUUGAAUUAACUUUGAAGGACGCACUCACGGAUGAACCUACCGCAGAGUCUGCACUGCCGCCACCACCCCCACCACCGGCCCGGCACCCAUCUUCAACAGUGCCCCCCUCCCAGCCUACAGUGUCCCCCCUUCCACCCAUUCCACCCCCGCUCACUUCCCUACCUGGGCUCUGGAUUGUCGAUUACGAGAUCCGAGACCGUUUCUUGAGCACUUCGCGUGUAAAAGAUGAGGGUAUUGUGGCCCCCCAAGACAGCAAAGCUGCUGCGGCUGCCUGCACUACACUGUGCGAGGAGCUGGCUUGGUUUCAGGAAACCUGCGCCAAGCUAGAGAAGUUGACAUUGCGCGACCAAUCAACGAUCAUUUUGCACGAUGCAAUGUUAGAACGGCUCACCUCGAACAUUUCAGACGUGCAAGAAUGGAUUGAAAAGGUGAAGGGCCCUGCAGCACCGCUAGAUGCGAUCACCACAAGUCGCUAUUUCGACCACCCGCUGCAGCACGGAGAUCCCCUUCUGCUCUUGGCGGUGUUCAUAGUACUGAUCCUGAAGCUGCUCGGUCAGGUGCCGCGAACGACUUGUAACUUCGCAUUGCAGAUGUUGAAGGUUUUGCUGGACACUGCGCUGCACCAAGGCACACGGUCAUUAUCCUACCGUGAGGAGCAGAUUUUAGAUCAUUUCCCCCGUGACAUUUGUGGCGUGCGGAAAGCCUUCGAUUUGGAGGCUGUUGUCAUAGUUUACACAACUUGUCCGUCAUGCUGCUGCACAUAUGCGCCUUCAUAUCAAGACGAUAUACCUGUUUAUCCGAGUUAUUGUCAGCAUCGCAGCGGCCCACGCAGCAAACCUUGCAACUCACGAUUGAUGACUACUCGUGUUCUGGACAGCGAAAGUGUUCGCUCUCCUAUACGCCCUUUCAUCGUUCAAGACUUCCAUACAUUUGGGAAGGCAAUACAAGAUCGCUACAAUCUACGCGACAUCACCGAUGGAUCCGCCGUCGCCGACAUGCAGGGACCGGACGGAAAACCCUUCGCCGAUGCAGCUGAGAGCGAGUUAUGCUUACUUUGGGCCCUUUCGGUGGACUGGUUCAACCCAUAUCUCAACAAAAUCGCAGGGUUGUCGAUUUCGACGGGGUCGAUGGCUAUGUCGUGUUUAUACCUUCCGCCGAGCAUGCGAUACAAAACCGAUAAUCUAUAUCUCGCGGGCAUUAUUCCCGGACCCAAGGAGCCCAAGCUCGAGCGCACUAAUCACUUCCUCCGCCCGCUGGUCGACCAACUGUUAGUCUCCUGGGAGCGCGGCAUUUGGUACAACAGAACUUACGACUAUCCUCGCGGUCGCCGUGUACGCUCAGCGCUCGCCCUCAUCAUCACUGACUUGCCAGGAUCUCGUAAGGUUGGCAGAUUAGCCAGCCAUAGCGCAGGGUGCUUUUGCUCGCAGUGCCAUUUGAAGAAGCAGAGUAUCAAUAACAUUGACAUGACGACUUGGAAGAUGAAAACGGCUGAAGAGAUCUUGGAAGCCGCUGUCCACUGGCGCGACGCUGACACGCAGGAAGAGCGAAAACACAUUUUUAAGGAGUUUGGCGUUCGAUGGUCUGAACUUAAUCACCUACCGUAUUGGGAUCCCGUUCGGCGCAUAGUCAUCGACAGGAUGCAUAACAUCUUUCUCGGAGUAAUCCAGUUCCACAGCAGAAAAGUGAUUGGAAUGGACGUACCUAUAGGGGACCGUGAGGAUGCUGGAAACUUGUGCAAAAUCAAGGAGAACGACUUGAUCAGCCUUCGACGCCUCCUGCUGAAGGACCCCGAGCCUCGCUUGUUGUUGUGCUUCAAUAAAGUCACCCUGGGACACAUGUGCGGGGAGCUCGGCUUCCGGUUACCUCGCCCUGUUCACGAGAUGAAAAAAUCGGUGCUCGCCGAUGUGUUGACGCAUGCGACCAUUGCUGUUUGGAUUUGCCCUUCCGCUUCUGCUACAGACCGCGCCCCACUGACAAGCACCCCCGAUACUGCAGAGCUUGCACCUCAGACUCUGAUCGGAGAAGCGUACACAGCAGAAUGUGCAGCUGAACAUGCAGCCACAGCGAAGCUUGCAGACAGACAGGAUGAAGUGGACAGCUUGUCAAUACGGGCUUUUCGCAAACGAGAUCUCAAACACGUACAGGCUGACAUUGCCGAGACAUCCUGCCCCAUUUAUUCCAUUGGACCACCUGCGAACAUGGGUAUGAAAGGCCAAGGCAAGCUCAAAGCCGAUCACUGGAAAGCUGCAAUAGAAUUCAAAUUACCUGUCUCGCUCAUGAAGCAUUGGCACCGCGAACGACUGGACAACUUAUCAGACGAGUCUAAGCACCGUCAUGAUCUCGCUCACUGCACGAUGCGGCUGGCCUGUGCAGUUCGUCAAGCCACUUCAUAUCGGACUACAGAAAAUCAUCGCACCAGAUAUACAAUCCAUAUGCACGCUUACCUCUCCGACAUCCUGGAGCUCAAGCCCAGGCUCACCCUGGUGCCCAAUCACCACAAUGCACUUCACCUCGGUGACUUCCUCAUGCACUUCGGUCCAGUCCAUGGCUGGUGGAUGUUCCCCUUCGAGCGCCUCAUCGGAGUGUUGCAGCAAGUGAAUACAAACUACAAGCAGGGGCAAUUCGAGAAGACUAUGCUUGAAUCUUUCUGCGCCGCGGCCAAUGUCAAGGCAUUUCUGAAGCAGGAUGACUGCCCGAAAGUUCUGAAGGACUGCGCACCCAUCGUCCAGUCAUGCUUCGGAGGCGAUCAGCGAGGCACAUUGAUGACGGACAUCCGUACCUUGGGCGAACAAAUUCUUGACGGCCCUUCGCCAGACACCGGUGCAACUGUUGACUGGACUAAUGUCCGCCGAUUGGAACACGAAUUUUACGAUGUCCUCGCAGCCCGAUCAGCAGAACUGAACAUUCUGGUCCCAGGCUGGUGA